AUGUUCUCUACCGCUCUCUUUGCUGUCUCUUCUACGGCUGCCAGUGCCUUUGCACCUCGAUCUGGCCUCGCUUUCAAGCAUGCAGCCACCCGUGCCUAUUCUCGUUCCAGCAUCGCUAUGAUGGCUGGAAAUCCCAAAGUUUACUUUGACAUGGAAGUUGGAGGAGAAGAAGUUGGACGAAUCACUUUUGAACUUCGAGCUGAUGUUGCUCCCAAGACCGCAGAAAACUUCAGGGCCCUCUGCACUGGAGAACAAGGAUUUGGGUAUCAAGGAAGUUCCUUCCAUCGUGUGAUUCCACAGGCAAGUGAAGUGGCAGAUUUUUCUCAGUUUUGA